UUUCUUUGCGCUUGGCGUUUCUCUCGCUGGAUGGAGAAAAUGUAGGCGCGUAAAGAGGUGCAACACUUGUCUGAUCGAGAGUCAGAUGAUCGAUCACGAAGGGGAUGCCUAGUCUGUGUCCAUGACCUUCAAUUUUGUAUGUAUUAAAUUUCUGGUUUAAAAUGACGGAUUUGGCAGCAACGAUGGCUGACAGAGGCCUGGUGCUGCUACUCAGAGGCGGAGCAUGGGGCUUGCCCACAGCUUGCCCUGCAUGUCUUCCCGUUUACAUGUACCUGAAGCUGGCCCGCGUUGCCUUCACUCCUCAAUACGCGACUUUUCAACCCGAUUCAGAUAAUCUUCCCGUACUGGAGUAUGGUGACGUUGUGGGAUACGGUAGUGACACAGGCGGAAUUAUUGGGGUGUUGAAGAGAGAGAGAAUAUGCGACCUGGAUGAAGGAUUGCCAGAUUCAGCCAAAGCAGACGUGAAUGCCUAUACAUCCAUUGUGAAUUCGUGGCUCGCGGAUGCUCUUCUUUACGAACUGUGGCUGAAGGAAAAUGGAGCAACAGUUGCUGAGGUGUAUCUAUCAUCUCUUCCCUGGCCCAUCAAUAAGGCAAUCGAUUGGAAGCAAAGAAGAUCCGUACAAGUCCACCUAGGGAUUAACACCGAAAACGCUUCUGAAAGGGCUGCAGAGUUGUACAGGAAAGCAGCUGCAGCGUAUGAAGCCCUGUCGGUGCGAUUGCAAGAUCAGACCUACUUCAUAGCAGGAAAACCGACGAGCCUCGAUGCGGUUGUUUUGGGACAUAUUCUUUUCAUCCAACAUGCACCUUUGGAGCUGUCUAUUUUAAAGGAAGAGCUGAACAAGCAUAGAGCUCUCAUUGUUUACGCUGAAAAUUUGAAAAAGAAAAUUCUGGGAGAUUUACCCCCCACUAUCUUCCCGAAGGCUUAUUCUCCUCCACCUACAACUGGUCCUUCAAGCAGCAGUAGUAGAGGUACAACAGGGCCGACUACUACAAAGCCAGCCCCUAAGAAGAGAACUGAGAAGGACAAAUUGUUCAGGAAACGGGCCAAGUAUUUCGUAAUAGCCCAAGUGGCUGCGGUCCUCUUGUACGUUGUGUUUGCAGGCAUAGAAGUUGAGGAUGAUGGCAUGGAAGACGAUGGUGGUGUUGAUGAUUAAUGCAAUCGCUGACAUCUAACAAUUCAAAAGACUUGUGAGGCUUGACAUCUAGAAUGAGAUGAGUUCAAGUAGAAGCCAGACACCCGGGUUAUUUUCAGUCGAUGCCACAAACGGAGAACGGAUUGAGAACUCGAGGACAGGACUCGUGGUAAUGUAUCGUGACAAGUUUCUUCAGGCUUGCUCCUAGGGAAGUCCACAGCGGUCACAUACCGAGCUUUUAGUCAGAACUCCGUGAUGUUUCUGGCACAGGGAAAUAAGAUUCCCAUCAGUGAGAUAUCUUGUGGUCAGAGUUUGCAGCUCUAUGAAUAUCAAUCACCUUGCUUCGACAACAUUGAAUUGUAUACUCCUACCUGAUUCCUGAGAAACGGGUACACGAGGAGUUUCUUCACUGUAGAUAAGAGGGAACUUGAGUUUGAGCCCCUGCUAUGGACCGAGCAGAAUGAGGAAAGAGAUAGAUAGAGAGUAAUAACGAUCCAUGUGUUACUGUCCAAUUCAAAGGAAGGGACUGUAGCUGAGCUUGCGAGGAACUUUCUACAUUUUUUGGUGUCGGGGCCUAGCAAUGCCUGACUGAACAAUUUUGAUCUUCGAUGUACAUGAAUCUGUCUAGCAAUUGUUUUGGGACAGAUACAUUUGUUCGCCUUCUGGUCAACGUUGGCAUCAAGUAGAGACUGGGAAACCAAAGAGACGAGGUUUUUUUGUC